CCGGCCAAGCCAGCACAAGCGAGGAGGCAGCUGGCUCUGCGGAGGCAAGAUGUACCGGCUCCUGUCAAACGUGACAGCUCGGGCUGCGACCACCGCAGGCCCAGCCUGGGGCGGAGGGCGGCGCGGGGCGCACAGGCGACCCGGCCUGCCUGUUCUGGGCCUUGGUUGGGCCGGCGGCCUGGGGCUCGGGCUGGGGCUGGCGCUCGGCGCAAAGCUGGUGGUCGGGCUGCGGGGCGCCGUCCCCGUUCAGUCCCCCGCAGACCCCGAGGCGUCCGGAGUUACUGAGCUGCCGCAUGAGCAGGCCCCGGGCCCGGGGAUCCCGCAUACGCCUGUGCCGCCCGCCGCCAGGGGCUUCUCCAGAGCCAUCGAGAGCAGCCGUGAUCUGCUGCACAGGAUCAAGGAUGAGGUUGGUGCCCCUGGCAUAGUGGUUGGAGUUUCUGUAGAUGGUAAAGAAGUCUGGUCAGAAGGUUUAGGCUACGCAGAUGUGGAAAACCGAGUACCCUGCAAACCAGAAACCGUCAUGAGAAUCGCAAGCAUCAGCAAAAGCCUGACCAUGGUGGCUCUGGCUAAACUGUGGGAAGCGGGGAAGCUGGAUCUGGACCUCCCUGUGCAGCACUAUGUUCCUGAGUUCCCAGAGAAAGAAUACGAGGGUGAAAAGGUUUCUGUUACAACAAGAUUACUAAUUUCCCACUUAAGUGGAAUUCGUCAUUAUGAAAAGGAUAUGAAGAAAGUGAAAGAAGAGAAAGCUUAUAAAGCCCUGAAAAUGAUGAAAGGGAUACCGCCGUCUGACCAAGAGAAAGAAUUGAAGGAAAAGGGAGGCAAAAGUCACGAAAAGAGCGACUCGCCGAAAGCCAAAGGCGAGCAGGACAGUGAAGCCAGAUGCCGCGGCGGAAAGCCAGGCAAGAAAAGGAAUGAUUUUGAACAAGGCGAAUUAUAUUUGAAAGAAAAGUUUGAAAAUUCAAUCGAAUCACUAAGAUUAUUUAAAAAUGAUCCUUUAUUCUUUAAACCUGGUAGUCAGUUUUUGUAUUCAACGUUUGGCUAUACUCUGCUGGCAGCCAUAGUAGAAAGAGCUUCAGGACAUAAAUAUUUGGACUAUAUGCAGAAAAUUUUCCAUGACUUGGACAUGCUGACAACUGUCCAGGAAGAAAGCGAGCCACUGAUUUACAACAGAGCAAGAUUUUAUGUGUACAAUAAAAAGAAACGUCUUGUCAACACACCUUAUGUGGAUAACUCCUAUAAAUGGGCUGGUGGUGGAUUUCUGUCCACAGUGGGUGACCUCCUGAAGUUUGGGAACGCAAUGCUGUAUGGCUACCAAGUUGGGCAGUUUAAGAACUCAAAUGAAAAUCUCUUGCCUGGGUAUCUCAAGCCAGAAACGAUGGUGAUGAUGUGGACCCCAGUCCCUAACACAGAGAUGUCCUGGGAUAAAGAGGGAAAAUAUGCAAUGGCGUGGGGUGUCGUGGAGAAGAAGCAAGCGUACGGAGCCUGCAGGAAGCAGCGCCACUACGCCUCGCACACCGGAGGGGCCGUGGGCGCCAGCAGUGUCCUGCUGGUCCUUCCUGAGGAACUGGACCCAGAGACCGUAAAUAAAAAGGUGCCCCCUCGAGGAAUAAUCGUCUCUAUCAUAUGCAACAUGCAGUCUGUGGGCCUCAAUAGCACUGCUUUGAAGAUCGCCCUGGAAUUCGAUAAAGACAGAGCUGCCUAAUCCUAAAUGGCAGCACAGGUCCACAGUGAGCCUUUCAUUCUUUGAAAUGUCGACGUUCCAAAAUAUAUAAACAUUUUAAGAAUGCAUUUGUAAUAGAGUACAGUUAAACAUGGAGAAUUAUGUACCUCUAAUUGCUUAAUUUUGUAACUGCCUUUUUAUUGGACAAUUAGUUCUUUACACUCAGGGAAAUAGCAAUUGUUUCUACUUUUUAAAAUAAGUGUUUACUCUUGAAAUAAAAUAUUCUGAUAAAAGAAGGCACUUUUUUAGUUUCUAGAUCUUUAUUUUUACUUUCUUUACAGUCUUGCUCUGUAGCAUAGGCUGACUUUGAACUUAAAUCUUCCUGCUUUACUUUCCAAGUCCCUGGAUUAUAGACAUGAACCACCAAACUUGACUAAAAUAUGUACUUUUUAAAUGUGUAAUAGAGGAUGUCUCAUACAACAGAAGGCUGUAAAUAUUGACCCUUUAAUAUUUAAACAAUGAAAACACACUCAUGAGAAUCACAUAUGUAUGAAUAUAAAUUUGUAUAUUGCAGCUUAAAAUAAGGCGCUAGAAUUGAAGAGUACUGUAGUUGGAUGGAUCAGAGCACAGUCUAUAAAGAGGCUGCAGACAGCAUAUGGUAGUUGAGAGACUAGUAUGUGAGGUGUACUACAGCAGUGUCUGCACUGGGGGAAAGGCUUCCAGGAUGGCCUACAGCCAGUCCUGUCAACCAGGGGCCUCUCUGGGGACUGCUUGACUAUCAUGUCAUGAUUCUGUGGGCUUCAGAGCAAGUUAAGGAGAGAGGAAGAGAGUGAGUGGGAGUACAACAUAGCGAGCACAGUGCAUUGUACAUUACAAGCUAGCCAGAAUCCACUGUAUAUGUUAGUGUGCACCACUGUGACCAGAUACCAGUCAGAAAGAAGAGGAAAAUGAAGGUUUGCCAUUUCAGAGGUGCCGUCCACUGUGGCAAGGAAGGUGUGGUUACAGGAACAGUACAGAAGGAGUGGUCGUACCAUCAUAUGUGAAUUCUAUUGGUCUAAUAAUCACAGGUCACCACAAUUCACUGUAGGAGUGGACUGUACACAGGGGUGGAUACUGCAAAUCUUUAGGAUCAUCACCGCCACAGAUGGCUUACUGUAGUGUCGACUUUGGGAUACUUUGUUGUAACAAUCACAAAUGUUAUAUGCUGGAGAUUACCUGUGUGCCAGUGGAGAUGGGAAAACAGAAAGAUGUCAAAGUUUUUAUGUACUUUAUGAAAUAAUUCUUCUGUAUUUCUGAACCCUAAGUCGAUUUUGUCACUUUCUUCUUUAUAACAGCAAAUCAGUGUCUGGGUUGUGUGAAUUAUAGACAGCACCAGUUUUUGUUAAACAUAUCCAUCUCUUUCUGGCACAUGAAAGGUAGGUAUAGUCCUAUGCUGUAACUCCAUGCUGAGGAAAGGGACAGGCAGGUCCCUGGAGACUGCUGGCCUGUAAUCUUACCACUCAUAGAGUGCUGGGGUCAGUGGGUGAUCUUGUCUCAAAAGAUAAGGUGGAGAAUAAAAGCAGGAGAACACUGGUUGACCUCUGGCCUCCAUAGCACACUCACUUUCUUACCCAAUUCAGUUAGAAACAGAAUUGAUAAAAUUUCAUAUCUGAAGAAGGGGUCUGUCUCCAGUGACUGAUCCUUAUUCAGGAAGAGAUACAGUCUUAUUUUUGUUCUUUGUACUUAAACUGGUUACAAAGAAAUUAUUUAAAUGUC